AUGUUCCCUGAUAAGGACAGCUCAGGGGCCACUGUCCUGCACCUGGCUUCUCGCUUCAGUCAUCAUGAGAUCAUUGAUUGGCUGCUGAAAAGUGGGGAAGGGGAUCCUACUGUUGCCACGGAUACGGGGGCCUUGCCUGUUCAUUAUGCUGCAGCUAAAGGGGACUUACCAUCACUCAGGCUGCUAUUGGAACACAGCCCACAAGUUGUCAAUUUCCAAACUAAGAAUGGUGCCACACCACUAUACCUUGCAUGUCAGGAGGGCCACCUGGAAGUCGUCCAAUACUUAGUGAAGGACUGCGGGGCGGAGCCAAGUAUCAGAGCCAAUGAUGGGAUGACACCAUUGCACGCUGCUGCCCAGAUGGGACACAACACUGUCAUUGUCUGGCUGAUGAGUUUCACAGAAAUCAGCCUGUCUGACAGAGACAAUGAUGGGGCCACUGCCAUGCACUUUGCUGCCAGCCGCGGCCAUGCCAAGGUUCUCAGCUGGCUGCUGCUGCAUGGCGGGGAGAUAGUGACGGACAGCUGGGGUGGGACGCCUCUUCAUGACGCAGCCGAGAACGGAGAGCUGGAGUGCUGUCAGAUUCUGGUAGUGAAUGGAGUGGACAUGGGGAUACGGGACCAGGAUGGAUUCUCAGCGGCAGACCUGGCUGAAUACAACGGGCAUCAGCAGUGUGCCAAGUACAUUCGCACCGUUGAAAACAUGAGUGUGGAGCACCGAGUCUUGUCCCGGGACCCUUCGGCAGAUCUGGAGUAUAAACAGCCCGACUCAGGCCUCUCCUCUCCGAAUGCCACCCUGCCCACCCCAGCCCCUACCGCGGUCCAUUUCAACAUCUGCUCACCCUCCAGCUCGCUGUCCAAUUAUGACUCGGCAAACUCCAGCCAAUCCAGUACUGGAGAGAAGAGGAAUGGCACGCCUCCCUCACGAGAACCGACAGGAGGUGAAGAUUCGGCCAUUACAGACAUGCAGGCCUAUAUGGACAUGCUGAACCCUGAUGUAGCAGACGGCUCCCAGAAUGCAAAUGAACAUCCUGCACACCUGCCGCCCCCUCCAACAUUUCCCCCUCCCCCUCCUCCAUCAGACUCCUCCCACAUCCCCCCUCCCCCACCUGCCUACCCCCCACCCAAACCACCGGAGGAGGAGGAGUCUGCCGAGUACCUGAAGGUGAAGAGGAACCUUCGCCGAGUCGACAAUGAUGUAGUCAAAAACGAGCAGCUGAAUCCUGGCGAGGGCCACGAAAGGCUUCGAAGAGUCGACUCUAAUCGAAAGUCCCGAAGCUUCAGCAAGCAGCCCAGCACUGGGGAUUACUACAAAACCCUGGGUAGCGAUACCGCAGACCAGCACCCCAACAGAGCCAUGGCACCCAACGAGGAGGGUUCUGCACUGUUGGAGGAAGCAGCAGACACAGCGCCUGCUCCUGAGAACGGAACGGGAAACACAGAGGAUCUGCCCCUUCCUCCUCCACCUCCUCCCCCACCCGCCAGCACCUUCAUCCCGACUCCACCUCCUCCUCCACCUCUUCCAUCAGAGCGGCCCCCUCCUCCUCCUCCACCCAGCACCACCGCACCGGCCCCUGCCCAGCGCCGCAUGUCUUCCUCCUCCAGCAAAGGGGAUCUGUCUCCCUCUGUCACCCCUGCUCCAGAAACACUCCGGCAGAGGAAGAGCAAUAAAUCCUUCAACAUGAUGUCCCCCACUGGAGAUAAUUCUGAGCUUCUGGCCGAAAUUAAAGCUGGGCCAAAACUGAAGCCAACACCUCAGAGUAAAGGCUACACGACCGUCUACUCUAACAGCAGCACAGCGGAGAACAAUGGGGAACGUCCGUCAUCGCCGCCAGAGCCUCUGCCAAAACCCCAGCCCAACAACACCCAAUCUGCAAAGCCAGAGUCUCCACCGCCUGCUUGCCCACCCACUCCACCCGCUCCCACGACCAGCGGAGGGUCGCCCCAGAACCUGUCCACCUCACAGAGCAGCGAGAAGCUCGCAACUGCUGUCAACGGAAAUACUCCUGCUGUCCAGAGCAAGUCCAGCGUGGUGGACGUAGAGAGUCUGGUGCCCACACAUGACGAGCAGGGCCGAGCCAUCCCAGAGUGGAAGAGACAGGUGAUGGUGAGGAAACUACAAGUGAAGAUGCAGGAGGAGGAAGAGAACAAGAAAAAGGCUGAAGAAGAGGCGUCCCGUUUGGCUUCAUUGCCUGCCUGGAGGAGAGAUAUCAUGAAGAAAAAGAUGGAAGAAGAGAGUGAUAAGAUGGAAUAUAAAAGAAAUGAGGAGGAACGGCGGCGAAUGGAAAAGGAGAACGAGGAGAAGUCGGAACUGGAGCGACUACGAACGCUGGGCUACGAUGAAACCAAGCUGGCGCCGUGGCAGCGGCAGAUUAUUUUAAAGAAAGGCGACAUAGCGAAACAGUAGUAGACUCCCCGUCACCCCCUCCGCUCUCGCACAGCUCUCUGCUGGUGUAUAACUGUAGGACACUGUUGAGAAUCUGCCAGACCCUUUAGACACAAACCAGACGGCGUUCUGCUCGAUGAGCACUUCAGCAGCGCUUCGUCUGAGUCUCAGUGUAUCCUGCAUGUUGUUGAGCUCUGAAGAUGCACUGUACCGUUAAAGGGUAAAAAAUGAAUGAAACUAAUGUUUUUACUGUGGUCAUUGUUUACCUGUUUUGAAAAUCAUUUGCAGCAUUCCCCACCUGACCCAUUAGCAUCUCAUUUUAAAUCUCUAGUAAUAUUUUCAAUUAUAAGUAGAACAUAUAUUUCAAGGAAAUCACAUGUUGGCUACUCUGCUUGAAAACUUUUUUUAAGUUUACUUUAUGUAAUCUGUUAAGUAUGAUAGUCCUGAACAGGUGUUAUGGCACAAUGUAUUCUUACAUAAAGUAAGUGACGCUUUGUGUUAUGGUGCAUCUAUGUUUCUUACAUAAAAAACGCAAUUUGGAAAUGAUACAUUAUAUAUAGAAACAAAUGCA